AUGUCGUCUGCUUCGCAGUUGGCCCCGCAUUCUCCUCGCGUCUUCCUGUUUUGCGGUGAAGGGGCUCACAGCGCGGAGACGGACAUUGCUUGCUUGAAAUUGUCCAGAUCGUGGCCUGCUGUAGAGGAUGCUCUUCAGCAACUGGGAUUGACCAAUGCGGAAGCUUUCUUGCUGCAAAACCUUGGUAAGCACUGUGCGCCCACAUCUCCUGUGGUAUCCGUGGUGCUUAACAUGCUCAACGCAGACCUGUGGCAGCAGUGGGGAGAAGUGCCUUCGGUGGUCGUGGGUCACUCUGUGGGUGAAGUCGCUGCUGCCUAUGCCGCUGGCAUCUUCACAGCAGGGCAGGCCAUCAGCUGCGCUUAUCAUCUUGGUUUGGCCAUGUUGGAGAUGAAGGGAACGAUGCUGCACACGGAAAUGCAACGAAAAUGUUUGCCAACUGAGGAUGGGUUCCAGUUGGCAGCGGUGAACUAUGUGAUCAAGAGAGGAGCCACUGAGGAGGAGGAUUUGCUCAGCGUGACCCUUUGUAGCCUUGGUUCUGCUGAGGAGUACUUAGCCAAGGAUUCGAAAGCCACACUUCUGAAACCGGAGCAUGCUUGGCAUCACCGGGUUUGCUGGCAGCAUUUUAUCGAAAACAUUCCAACUUUGGAUGUGAAUGUACGCCAGAUCUUCAUCUCUGCAGUCACAGGGACUCAACUGGAGGAACUAUCGGAAGAUCACUGGCAGCGCUGGUGCAAUUCCCCUGUGAAUUUUGAAAAAGCUCUGGAGAAAGCAAAGGAGAUGCUUCAAGGAACAUCUCCGGUAGUGCUGGAGAUGGGGCCGCAUCCAGUCCUUUACCAAGCUGCCAAGGCCUUGAGCUCGGCUCGAGAGAAAAGACGCGGCAGCGAUCCCGGACUCCUUGGAGAAGUGGCGGAUGCGCCGACGCCAAGCGUCUACUGCGCUACGAGCGCGGCGGCGGAUGCCAACUCUGGCUCGAACCAGCCAGUGAGCACCGAUGUGGGCGCUGGCGCAACCUCUCCAGCAGGCCAUGUGGCCCAGCCGGCGGUCUCGCAAUACUACCUCACUCCGGAUAUGCGCCUAGCUUUCCUGGACCUUCUCAACAAGCUUAUGCCAUGUUUCCUGGACUACCUCAUUGGACUCAGCCUUCGCGGCUCUUGGAAGAUCUAUGCCAGAGCGAGCCUCCAGCCACUGGUGGCUGGACGUGUGCUACUUCGCCCGGCUUGCCUCACCGAGCACCAACAGCAGCUGCUCGCUUUGAAGAUGAGCACCUUGGCUUCCUGUGACGAUGUGAUCCAGAGUCUGCGACCGCUGGAUCGCCUGGACAGCCUUGCAAAGGACUACGAGGAGGACUACAUGGAGGAAUGGGGUGAAGAAGAAGAGGGGGAAGACUAUGCCUCCGAGGAUGGAGACCUGGACUUCCUCGACUUCGAAGAUCGUGAGCGCGAUGAGAUGGAAGCGGUGCACGACGCUGUGGUGGGCUCUCAGGCCUUUGCAGCCAUGGUGGAAUCGGUGGAAGAGCUCACUUCCCUUGACCUUCGAGCGGUCCCAGUCAAACGCCAGGCCACACCUUGCGCUGGCAUCGGAGGACGAGCACAGUUGCCUUCCGGCCACCGCACUGUUCACAUGUUCGACUUUGACAUCACACCCUGGUCAAGGAGCCCGAUGGUCUACACGGACUUCAUCAUCCACUUCAACGACGGUAACGAGCACGUGAUCGAGUCACAGCCUGGAUGGCGGGCUGGCCCACUUCCUGGACCAGGCGGAUGGUCCGAGCGUGGAGGGUUCAGGUGGGCACGCUUGGUCAAGGGCCUGCUCUACAUGCUGGUGACCGUGCAGAACCAGAUGGCGCUGGACUACUUGCAGGAGAAGGGCAUCAUGGACGACUACGUCCAGAAAGAGGAGUUCUACCCGAAUGAGGAGAAGAAGAAUGCGAAGAAGACUCCAAGCAAGACCAAGGGAGUAUUCGUGGACCGCUGGAAACCCACUGAACGGGUCGGUGUGAUGGCUGAAGAAUACGGCUCCGAUGGAUUUGAGCCAGAGAACCAUGGCGGACUAGCCGCGAAGAGCCGUUGGUGCGUUGUUGGGAUGGAAGGGCCCUCACAUCCUCAGGUUGAACGAGCUGUACCAACACCACUGACAUCGAGCGUGUACCUGACGCUGCAGCUUGCCGCUUCACGGAAGUGGAAGGCCUACUCCAAGGAUGCCAAGACCGCCUUCCUUCAGUCGAGACCGACCACUCGGCGCAGGAUGCCACCAGAUGAAGCCUUUCAAGGCUACCACCUUGAGCAGCUCAUCUUGCUCCUCACUGAGGUCUAUGGUCCUCGAAGUCCCAUCUGCACCUCUUCGUCCUCAGCCAAGCAGCGUGGGUCAAACCUUGAAACCUUGAAGCUCAGCAAGGCGAGCUUCGAGGACCUGGCGUGGACCUACGCGUGUUCCAUGCGUCGCGGCGAGAAAACGGGCCACGUUUUGCGCCGCUCCCGGGCCAUGCUGCGCUCCAACGAGACGCUGCGCUCCCAACUGCAGGAGAUGGUGAGUGAGCAACAGCUUCAGCUACACACCGACUUUGAGACGAUCAGCUUUGAAGAUCAAGGCAUCGGGUCACAACAUUUGGUCUCAUUGGCUCAGCAACUGGAGAAGUUCUUCCCCAUGUUGGCAGCUUACGAUUUCUACCGUUUCAACUCCUUGGAGAAACUCAUCCAACAUUGGGACACGGUUGACACCGAUGGUCACAUCGGAAGGUCUCACACAGCUACAGCGCUGGACAUUUUGGGUUGUGGGCUGCGCUUGCCUGCAGGAGUGGCUUCUCCAGGUGCCUUUUGGUCCUUGCUGGAAAAAGAUGACCAGAGCAGUGCUUUCAGAUCCAAGCUGCCAGGGAUCACUGCUGCCUUUCUGCACUUCGAUCAAGUGGCGGCUGCUGUGGAUGGUGUAGAAGGUGCAGAGGCAGCUGCCAUGGAUCCCCAGCACACCUUUGCCCUCCAAUUGGCCGCUGAGAUGUUCCGAGACGUCGAAAUUGGCUCCCCGGAAGGGCCGGAGAUUGUGAAGCGCUUAAAGGGUACACAUCGGGAGCGGGUCGGCGUCUACAUCGGUGCCUGGCAAGAAAUCACACCGACCGCAUCGACGGGGACCUCGGCCUACCAGACGAUUGGUACUUCCUUGAGUGCUUUGGCCGCACGGGUGGCCAAUGCUUAUGACUUGCAGGGCCCAGCCAUGACGAUCAACACGGCAUGUUCCUCUGCAUUGGUCGCAGUGCACGAAGCAUUGAAAGAUGCCAAGAUUGGACGGAUUGACUUUGCGAUUGUUGGUGGAGUCAACUUGUUCGGUGAAGAUCUACAGCUUUUCCACCAGCUGCGCCGAGCGAUGAUGUUAAGUCCUUCCGGCAGAUGCCACACCUUCUCGGCCGAGGCCGAUGGCUAUGUGCGUGGAGAAGGUGGAGUGCUCUUCCUUUUAGCUCGAGAGGACUUGCACCUUCCUUCUUGUGGACGCAUUUUGGGCUCGGCAGUGACCCAGAACUCCAGGCGUCGGCCUUUGUCUUCAGUGGAUCCUUUCGCCCAAGAGCAUGCCAUUCGCUUAGCCUGCGCCGACGCCCGGCUCAGUCCCUCGGAGCUCUCCGCCGUGGAGCUGCACGGCACCGGAACGCCCUUGGGCGACCCCGUCGAAGUCUCAGCCUUGGCCAGGACGGAAGGUCGGAUAAACUCCACGUGUUGGAUGACUGCAGCCAAGAUGCACGUGGGACACUUGGAGUCUGCUGCCGGUGCUGUUGGCUUGCUGAAAGCAAUGCUGAUGUGCCAACAUCGAAGGGUACCGGCCUUUAAGAUCGGCAAGCUGAACCCGCAGGUGAUGGCUGCCAUGGAGGGCUCCUGUCUCAAGCUGGGAGAAGAAGGUGUUCUCAUGGAGGAUGCCAAGGUGGGUAUUUCCAGUUUCGGCUUCGCUGGUAGCAAUGCGCACGUGGUCAUCACAGCUCCAGAAGGUGCGAACCGCCCACCGUACGAGGCCACAGAGGAGCGUCAGAGCGGUAGCGGCAGCGAAGCGGUACCGAAGCAGGAUGUGCUUUCACAGGAUUUCGCACCGAGAUGCGACGUUUCAGCUGAAGAUUUCACCAGAUCUUCGGAAAGUACGAAGAACCAAGGCGACCACGAUGAGCAUGUGGAUGUGGCGAUGAUAAACCGCUUGAGGUUCGUCAGCAGCGCUGUCCUGUCCAUCGUGGGAGGCGAUGGAUCUGAAGUGGAUGUAGAUGCAGAUUUACAUGAGUUGGGCCUAGAUUCCUUGGGUUUGGCUGAAUUGCUUGGCUUGUUGGAGGACAGCGUGACCGCAGGUGACCCACUGACACUAUCGGCACAGGACAAAUUUGGUCCUGGCUGCAUUGGAGUGGAGAAAAUCAUGGAUCAACCGACAUGUCGCGCCAUCGCCAGCAAGUUGGACUCCGUUCAGCUUGAAACUGUCCAUUUGCCUCACCUUCUGCCAGUGCCGCCUGUCGCUGUGCCACCUGUCGUACCUGUCAAGAUACCUGUGGUACCUGUGGUGCCGAAGAAGACCAUCGAGCAGCACGUGAUGUCCGACGACGACGGUGACGACGGUCAGUGGAUUCGGACGACCCAUGUGGGCUCACUUCCUCGACCAGAAAAGUCUGGCAAUCCGAUUGAUUUGGUCAUUCUUCAACAAACAGAAAUCGACCUGGACGUCAUCAAUGAUGGCGAGUGGGGUCGGGAGAACUACAUCUCUGACGUGAUCAAUCGUGUGUCAGGUCUGAAUGGUGGUGACAUGGGGCCAGCUUCAGCAGCCUCAGCAGCUUCAGCAGCUUGCUGCAACAAACAUGCCAUGCCACUUGCAGCUGAUAUGCUGGAUGUGCCGCUGUACGCUCAACGCUUCUCAGGUGGUAAUGGGUUGAUCACCUUGAACCCCAAGCGAGAGGCUGUCAGUGGCUUGGCAUGUGUGGCCCAUCCCAAGUACAUCGCUCCAGAAAUCCCCAACUUGAAGGCCUUCGUGACUGCAGUGGCUGCAGCGGGCAAAUCGGUCUUGGAUUGCUUCUACUCAGUGCCCUCUCCCGGAACAAUGGCACUCUUUUGCCGGGACCUGGUUUUCAACGAUCACAAGGCGUAUGUUAUGGCACUGGCAGAUGCCCUUGCUGAGGAGUACCAGCUCAUUGCCCAGCAUGGCAUCCUGCUUCAGGUGGACUGUCCUGACCUGGCCAUGGGUCGUCAUACCAAGUGGUCUCAGUUGAGCCACGAUGACUUCAUGGACGUGGCCCGCUGUAACGUGGAGGCCUUGAAUCGAGCAUUGAGAAAUGUCCCAAUACAUCAAAUCCGUGUGCACGUGUGCUGGGGCAACUAUGCUGGACCACAUCAUCAGGAUAUGCCUGCAGAGCACUUGUGGUCGUUGCUUGGAGAGGUGAAGGCCAAGUACUUGUUACUGGAGGGCGCAAAUGGACGUCAUCGAGCAGAUGUGCAGUGUUUCGAGUCGGCGGUGAAAAAGGGCUACUUCAAGAGCCACCAGGUCAUCGUUCCCGGGCUGAUUGACACGACCACGGCACGGGUGGAAGACCCACGUCUCAUCGCGGAGGAUUUGCUGCGCUACAUCCGUGCAGCCGGGCAUCCGAAGCAUGUGAUGGCCUCCACCGACUGCGGCUUCGCAUCCACGGCACGGUCCACGGCCAUCACUGCGGACUUAGCUUCUCGAGAGCAACGAGAGACCAGAUUUGGGGCCGGAAAAGACUCUAGUUGGAGGAACGGAAGCAUGGACUACUAG